UUUGCUCCUGGCAGCCCAUGUUCUAUCCUGGCCUUGCCUUUCUCCUCUCAUGUCUAUUGGUGACUGACGAUGGAGUCUCUUCUUUGGUACGAGUAAAGUGACGUAUAUAGUUAGAGCAAUGUUGGCUUUGGUAUUGCCCCAACACAUCAUUUUUGUUGUCUCCACCUCGCUUUUGUCUUACUCAACCUGUCUACUGAACGUCAGGCUAUCGUAUCGUAUUUUUGAGGUUUUUCGGGGAUUUUUUCGUUUUAACGUUUUGGCAUGUUUGAGAAUCCAGCAGUGCGGUGAGGUUGUUGUUUGAUUCUCAUUUGGAAGGAUUGUGAGUUUUUCCAUCGAGCGCUUUUGUCGUAUCUACCACGCAGUGGAACACUUUGUUUUACACAAUUCAUGGGAGUUUUACUGUUCGAAGCUACGACCGGUUCCGCUCGUUCUGGAAGUACACAUCAUAAUGUUUGAUUGAUCGUGAUAUGUUACUGCGACCCCCGCGGGGUUUGGAGGAAAAUCAUGGCAAGGAGCAUGAGCGGUGCACAUAUUGACGAAUAGAGCUCCUGCAAACUUUCAGCUCUGUUAAUGCCUGAGUAUAACCAAACCCUAAAGGUCAACCUCAGAAGAAUUGAUUUGCGAAAAACGCUCGGUGGCAUAGUUGUGACCUGUAGUGUGUUAGUUGCAGUCGAGAGCAUGUUUCUCACGACCUCUACUUAUUUUCUUCGUUCCAUCUUGAUAAGAAGUUUCUUUCAUCUAGGAUUUUCUGAGGCUCCCAGGUUUCAGUUCAUGGCUGGGGCACAGAUUGCUCAGAAGCCCUUGAAGUUGACGUAUAUUCAUGCCCAGAAACGCAACACGACGUUGUUGGAAGGCAGCCUUUCAUUGGAUGCGCGGAAUAAGGUGACCGGGGCAUACAGUUUUAACACACACAAAGGAUCAUUAAAGUAUACAUACGUGCAUGGCAGCGGGACCACGUUGGAGCCUUCGUAUGAUUUUGGGACGGAAGCGUGGCACUUUACCGCGUUUAAGAAAGUCAGUCAACAUGAUACUGCUCGCUGCGGUUUUGAUGCCCAUCACAACACUGUUGGUCUGGAGUGGACACGAGACUCGAAGGAGUAUGGCCAAUUCAAGAUUAUGGCCACGGUACCUACUGAUACCUCGAAAACACUGAAGCUGGUAGCUGAGAAGACAUGGUCUGUUGAUUUUUAAGGUUGGGAGCACAGAUAGGGCGAGAGCUGGCCGCUUCCAAUCUGCUCGCAGAGCUGGUAUCUAGUUUACAAACACAUUCCUUUUCCGGAGUAGUCCAGAGUCCGGUUUUGAUAUUUGAGCGCUGUCAAUGCGCAGCCUUUCUCUUCUUUUUUCCUUUUUUUUCUGUUUUUUAUUUUUAUUUUUACAAAUGAUUCUUUGUCCCUACCAUUUAGUUCACCUCUUCCAUAGCUGAUACUUUUUCUUGAUUUUCACCUUCUUAUUGUUAGCAAUCAUCAUGUGCUGGUGUACAUUAGAACCUGGACUCUGGUUUGUUGAAGACUUGUAACACGAUGAGGGACCACAAGGAGGUGUUGGUACCUUUCUUAUUA